AGUCUUGUUUUAGUCUUUGCUGAUGUCGCGAAACGAGUUCGCUUAUUUUAAAUUUUUAUUAAAUGUCAUAAGUUAUUAUUAUUAAAAUAAACCAGAAAAAUAAGUUGGUAUUUCCCGGAAUUUGAUUAAGUUUUUUUUUUUUAAUUCAACCAUAAAAUACCAAAUUAUGUCGAAUAAAUUGAUGGUAGUGAUGCUGGGAGUAGUCCUGAUUGCUGUGUCAUUCCCAGUGAAUGCACAAAUAACUAAACUCUUUCCGGUUAUAGAAGAAGUUUCAACAAAAAUCUCUGAGCUUCCCAUAGUGAAUAAAUUUUUCAAUGAUCCAUAUUCCCCAAAAGUAGUAUAUCCACCUCCUCCAGGUGUAAAACGUCCAGCAACAUCAUCAACAGAGCCAACACUUUCAACAUUGCCGCAUCUUACAACAAACGAUGUUGUUCCAUUAACUACAACUUUUAAAACACCUAUUUCUUCAAGUGGAGAAUUAAUACCAAACUAUUUAAGUUUGGCGAAUGCUUUAAGUUCAACUACUGAAGGACCUCUAGCUUCAGAAUCGAUUCAAAACAAAAUAGAUGAAUCAAUUAGUCUGGCAAGUGAAAUUAGCACAUCAACUGAAGGAGUUGAAAAGGUUGUUGAAAUUAAACAAGAGACUACAAAAGUUAUUGGAUUAUCAUCGACUACAGAAGGAUUUUCAGAAAUAAAUCAGUUUGAAGAAACAAAAACUGAUAAAAUAAAUCAUAUUGAAGAAGGAAAUUUGAGUGCAGAAGCAAGUCUUGAUAAAACAACAAAGGGACCUUUAACAGAAAUUCAACCACCUACUGAAAUUACAACAACACCAUCAACCGUUUCAGAAUCAACUCCUGCACCUAAAUGUACAACGCCGAUUGGUAAACCUGGUGAAUGCAAAGACAUACGUCAAUGUCCUUCGUUAAUAAGUUUAUUAAUGCGUGAACCAUUUUUGGUGGAAAAUAAAUUAUAUCUUCAACGAAGCCAAUGUGGAUAUGAAAAUCAAACUGUUUUGGCAUGCUGCCCUGACCAUGUGCCAGCUCCAAUAGAGUCUCCAAAACUGUCUCUUUUGCCCCAACCUCGCAAGUGUGGUUCUAUGUUUCUAAAUCGUCUCUAUGGCGGUUAUACUACUGAUCUUGAUUCAUUUGGUUGGAAUGCUUUGCUAGAAUAUGCCAAAGGUGGUAACGAAAAAGGUUUCCAUUGUGGUGGUACCUUAAUAAGUGACCGUUAUGUUCUAACAGCAGCCCAUUGUGUUACCAAUUUGCCUGAAACUUGGACCAUUCAAAGUGUUCGUCUAGGUGAAUGGGAUUUAGAAACCGAAUUGGACUGUUCAUCUGUUGGUAACUCCCUCGAUUGCAAUGACCCGCCUGUGAAUGUUGCGAUUGAAGAAGUUAUUCCCCAUAAAGAUUAUUCAUCAACAUCUACCAAUCGACUGAAUGAUAUUGCACUCAUUCGUUUGUCAACUCAAGUCAAACCAACUGCCAAUAUUGAACCCAUCUGCUUGCCAUAUGGUGACAAUAAGUUACAUGCUUUCGAUGAUCAAAGUUUGGAUAUGGUUGGUUGGGGUGUAACGCCAGAAGGCUUAUGGAAUACUUUUAAACAGAGAACGAAUGCUCAAGUGAUACCGUUGAAUAAAUGCCGGAGUAGAUAUGCAGAAAGAAAUAUUCAACUCGAAUCGACGCAGUUUUGUGUUGAAGGUCGUCUGAGAAACGACACGUGUCGAAUUGAUUCUGGUGGACCAGUAAUAAGCUUUGAUACGGCUAAUAAGGGACUUGGCAGUUUCUACCUUGCUGGAAUACAAUCGUUAAGUCCGACUCCAUGUUGGGCGGAAAAAUUACCUGGGGUCUAUACAAGAGUCGCUGACUAUUUGGAUUGGAUCUUAGAGAAUAUUCGUGCUUAAUUUAUUUGUAAGCUAAUUUAUAAGAUGUGUACUUAAAUAUAGAUAGGUAUUUAAAAAAUGAUUUUAUAUUUUAUAAAAAUUACAUAAUGUUAAAACAGUAAAACGUGGUGCAAUGUUUGUAGACUAUCAUGCUAGGGGUUAUGGAUUCAACUUCGGACUCGACGACCUACAUUUUUAAAUUGUGUUCCACUCUCGUUUGCAUUUUAAACGAUCACUGAACCGAAAAGAUAAGUGGAAUUAAUGAAUAUAUUCAUUGGGACAAUGUAUGAUACAUUACACUGGUUUACAAGGGUUUUGUUGCCGAAAUAAAAAUAUACUUUUCUGAAGGUUUUCGGUGUGCUGAACUCGAAUCCGAAGUCAGAAACAACUAAUCAGCUCUCGUUUUUGAGAUAUUACCGUUAGAAAAUGCAAUAAAACGUUUUUUUGAGUUCUUCGGACCUUAUUCUUUUGUAUAAGGAAAAUUGUUUGAGCAUAUUUAGCAACGGUUUCUAUAAGAACUGUUUUCCAUCUUUCGAUACCUGUUUAAAUCUUUUCAAUAUCUUUUGUAUUGCCCGAGACAUCUUAUAAUGAAGUUUGUGGGUUUGGCUUCAUAGAUCAUAGAGGAGAUAAUGACGUUUUUAAAUUUAUAAAAAUACCAAACAACUGAGGAUAUCUCGGGCAGUAAAAAAGAUAUCGGAAAGAUUUAAACAGAUUUAAAAAGGUGGAAAAUAGUUCUUAUAAAAACCGUAACUAAAUAUGCUCAAAUAAUUUUACUUAUAUAAAUGAACAAGGUCCGAAGUACUGCAUUUUCUAACGGUAAUUUUUCAAAAACGGGAGCUGAUGAAUUUUUUUUUUGACUUCGGAUUCGAGUUCAGCACACCGAAAACCUUCAGAAAAGUAUAUUUUUGUUCCGGCAAAAAAAAAAAAGUUUAAUUUUGCUAACCAGUGUUAUUAUUUGUCCAAUGAACUCGUUAAUUAAUAUCAUGAAAAUUGAUAAUAGUUCA